AUGUUCUUCACCACCUCCCCAGACGCCCUCUUCAUCCCGCCCACGACCAUCGACCCGGUGGGCUUCGGCAAGGUCGCCAUCGUCACAGGGUGCGGCUCGGGCGUGGGCCUCGCGUGCGCGCAGCUGCUCCUGGCGCACCAGUACUCCGUCUGCGGGCUCGACACGCGCGAGUUCAACUACGCGCUGCUUCAGGAGGCGGACCACGGCCGGUUUCAUUUCCACCGCGCCGAUCUCACUGGGCCGAGGGCGUGCGAGGAUGGGGUGUAUGCUGCUGUUGCUUCUUUUGGCGGACGUAUCGACUUGCUCGUCAACGUUGCGGGCGUGAUGGGAUCGUUUAGCAGCGCCGACGGCGUGACGGACUCGGAAUGGGAUCGGGUAGUGGCCGUGAAUCUCACGGUCCCGGUCAAGAUGAUGAGGGCGGUGAUCCCCUUUAUGCUCGAGAAGAAGUCGGGCGUCAUCGUCAACGUCGCCAGCACGGCCGGCGUCUCGGGAGCCGUGGCUGGGAUAGCGUAUACGUGCAGCAAGCACGGUCUGAUCGGCGCCACCAAGAAUGUGGCAUGGCGCUUCCGCAAGGAAGGCAUCAGGUGCAACGCGGUGCUCCCUGGCGCCAUCGACUCGCGCAUCGGCAAGGCCAUUGCCGCCGGCCACGGAGGAGACGAGGAGUUCGAUGCAGAGGCGUACGCGCAGGUUGAGCCCGUUCAUGCCCUCCACGCCCAGGCGUCCGAGUCGACGCCGAAUAUCACGCCGCUUGAGGUCGCGCAGUCGGUGGUGUUCUUGGCGACGGACCAGGCGAGAACGAUUAACGGGGUGAGUCUGCCGAUUGACCAAGCUUGGAAUGUUGUUUGA